AUGUCCCGAACGCCAAGCUUAGCCCCGCAGUCUCCCCAACUCACGAGGAAACGCAGCAUCCGGGACCAUUUAAGGGUUUGGAAAAGGUCUACUCCUCAAAUGGCCCUCGAAGUUGUCGAGGAAGAAACGACGAAACCCCGACUUCCUUACGUGCCCAAACAUGCUGCUGCCGACUUCGCUCGGCUACCCGUCCCAGCGGCCGGCGCAACGGAAUCUGGGGGAUACCGGAGGCACAGCCUCCCUCAACGUCAAAUAAUCAACGAACCGCAAGAACUUUUCCAUUGGCACUCGCAGUUCUCGGCAACCAUGCCAACGAAGAGAUACUUCUACACCCUCGGAGACAAUCCCUUUCAGGCGUCGCAGAGAGCUGUCCACGGCCCGGUUGACCCCACGCCCAUAACUCGGUCUCCGUUGGGCGAAAGUCCGAGCUUAGAACCGGAGCAGCAGCAGCAGUCUGACCACGAACUGACCAAUUAUGAGCUAUUCAUUAUGCACGCCCAAGCUGAAGAACAGCGGCGGCACUCAGAGCGCGAACGGAUGAGCCUGAACAACUUGGUGAAACGUUCUGCAGAAGCUUCGUCGACUUCUCGCGUUUUGCCAGACCCCCACAAGCAGUACGCGUCUGUUAUGGAGAAAGCGUCAAUGACGGACAGCGGUAUGGCGUCAGGUGCACGACAUUCCGAAGGUCCCAGCAAGAAACACAACCAUAUGGACAGAAAAGAACCAAGAAAGGUGCAGGGGUUACUGGAGGGAAAUGUCGAGCUACCAGGACGCAAAAACACCUGUGUAAAGGACAGUGUUGGGGGGUCAAAGUCGCUGCAGAAGCAGUACCGCCAAUCGUUGUCGCAAGGGAGCAGCCUUCUUGCUGGUGAACGGCAGCCAGGUCAUGGUUUGCAUCGCCGAUCGAGCUUGAAAAAGCGAAUCGCGGACUACAUUCGACCUCCAAGGGUCGAGUCUGGGGUCGGAAGUGUGGUGGAAUAG